AUGAACAUGUCCACUGGCAAACCUUCGCCCAUUGUUCACAACCCCGACCUCGACCUCGACCCCGUCCCUACCCUCGCGAUCGUUCUUGUCGGAAGCGCCAUUUUCAUCAUCACAAGUCUUUGGGUCUGGGCAGCAUUUCUCUUCUACAAUCGGAUUCGCAGUCAAGAGAUCCAACGCCAGGCCGACGAUGCAAGAUGGGAGGUAGUUUUUGGAAGGUUAAGUGAAACAAGCCGUCAUCGAGACAGAACAACAGUACAGGAAAGCCAGUGGCUCCGCUCUCGAGCUGCAGAAAUGGCAAACCAAGACUCCAAUUGGGAUGGCGAGACCCUGGGGUCAGAUUCGGCCUCCUCGUAUAGCCAUGUAGGCUGGACGCUCUCCAUCAACAGUUCAUGCCCUUCCACAACUGAGGCCAGUUCGGAGGUUGACGAUCCCGAGCCAUACGUGCACUUCUAUGGCACUUUUGACGACCCUGGCCUUCAAGUCCGACAUCUCGACGUCGGAGAGCAAGAGCCUGGGGAUGAUAUGAACAGAGUCUUAACCUGGAUCAGGCACGAUUCUUGGUCGGGACAUCUAGUUGGAAGGCACCUGGACGAAGAGUCUGACAGGCAUAGCUGA